CUUGAUUGUUUAGAUAUUAAUUUCCAACUAAAUAACACUUUAUUGAAUAAAAUUAAAGACGGCUCAUUACCAUUAGACUUUAUUUUAACAUUAACACAAUUAGCUCAAUCUAUGAUUAUGAUAAUGAAAUACAAAUUGAUUUUUCUCGAUCAAUUUUUGGCAACUGAUGGAUUCUCUUUACUCUCCUGG